AUGAAGAAAACCUGCUGUGUGAUAAAAGAAGACGACGAUGCUGGUAAGACGGAGGAGAGCAGGAUAAGGAGAGCACCGGAGAGAGCAGGGACGAUGGAGGAGAGCACGGGAGAGAGAGGGACGACGACGAUGCUGUUUUCAAGACUAACUACGUCUUUACAAGCAGGUUUUGAUGAUCUCACCCCUCCACAUACCGAUUUUGAAUAUGAUAUUGGUGAGACCUCAGAAGGAAGCAAGUAUUUUAUCCCAAAUGUGGAUGACGCACUUAAGCCAAAGACGAAUGCACAAUAUGCAACUUUAAACGAUGCUGAAAAGAUGUACAGAGAUUACGCGGACAAGGCCGGCUUUGAUGUUCGUCCCGGUGAGAGAAGAUAUCGCAAUACGAACCUAAAACGUUGUGGUUGUAAUGCAUGUCUAAAAAUCCACUUGACGAAAGAUGGGGGUUGUUACGAGAUAUACGAGUUUGUUGAGGAACAUAACCAUGMGUUGUUYAACGWUAACGAUYGUCGUUUCUCUAGGAAAAAUAGACAGAUGAAGUAUACGGAUUUCAAGACUGUACUCAACAGCUCGAGUUACAAAGUCGGUGUGAGAAGGGCACAUCGUAUUCAAACGACAUUGAACGGGGGGUUUGAGCAUACUCGAGUUUCAGAAAUUGAUUUCAAGAAUUUUAAGAGGGAUGCUGUUGCUUGUGUUGGGAACAAGGACGCAACGAUGUUGAUCAAUAAACUAUCAAAUAGACGUGACGUUGUACCAGGUUAUUUCUUCGAAUACAUGUAUAAUGAACAUGAGUUGAUCGCAAUUUUUUGGGCAGAUGAAGUUUCUAGGAUUAAGUACAAAGAAUUCGGUGAUGUCAUAUCAUUUGACGGGACAUUUCGCACGAACAAGCAUGCCAUGAUUUUCGUGCCUUUUUUGGCCGUUGACAAUCACAAGGCUUCCGUUGUCGUUGGGUCCGCUCUAAUCAGUGGCGAGACAAUCGAGAACUUUAUAUGGGUUUCAAAGGCUUUUAUAAAAUGUCAUGAGAAGCAACCAGUUUUCGUCAUUACAGACCAAUGUUCUGCAAUGAAGCAAGCUAUCCCGAUGGUGCUUACGGAAGCCAAACACAGACUCUGUAUGUGGCACAUUAUGAAGAAAGUGCCUUCAAAGGUCAAUGUCGCACUAAAUCAAGAUCCUAAUUUUAAUAAAGUAAUCAACAAGCUCGUAUGGAACAUACAUAUUGGACCAGCGAAGUUUGAGCGUCGUUGGCAUGAGAUGAUCGAGCAAUACAAUCUGGGGGGUGAUACUUGGUUCACAGAUAUGUAUGCAAUUCGACACUCGUGGAUUCCUGCCUUUUACAAGGACACUCCAAUGUCUGGUCUAAUGAAAACAACCUCAAGAUCCGAGAGUUCGAAUUCGUAUAUUAAUAUAUAUGAAUCGUACUGGUUUGAUUUGGUUCAAUUCCUUAAUAAUUACGACGUAGCUAUAGAGAAGCAAAGAUACAGACAAUCUGUUCAUGAGACAGUAACGAGAACCACUAAUCCAAAAUUUGUUACUCCGUUGCGUUUAGAAAGUUAUGCAUCAAGAAUAUACAGUCGGAAUGUGUUUUUUGACAUACAAAAGGAGAUAAAGAAGGCUGUAUGGUGCUGUGCUAUAGAGAAUGUUGAAUGCCGGGAUGUCUUAAAGACAUUCGUGAUAAGCCACAAGACGAAGAAAUCAUCUGAGAACAUCACAUAUCUGGUGAACCGUAAUUACUCAACAAAUACCGUCGAAUGCGAGUGCAACCUAUUCACGCGUAAUGGUUAUCUUUGUCGUCACGCGUUCAAGAUACAAUCUGCAAGGGUUCGUUACGGCGAGGUUGAUGCCGAAAAAGAAAAGUGCAUUAUUGAUGUAUAUUCGAAGGUUGACGAGAUCAUAAGCAUCGCCCGGAAUGAUAAGUCUAUAUUGGCUAGAUUGGAGAGAAAUCUUGACACAUUUAUGCUUGAUAUAGCGAAGGAAGUUCCAUAUGAAAAUCCAUCUCAACAGAGGAUGGAUGCAAUUAGGGAACAUCUAGGUGUUUCAAUACCGGAUGAGGUGGAUAUUCUACCACCUUCUGGCAUUAGGAACAAGGGAUGCGGGACUGGUAAAAGACUGAUGCCAUAUGAUUUAGAAAUGGAAAUCCCACGUGAGGGAGAUUUUUGUGUCAUGGCCUAA